CAGUUUCUGCAGUUCCUUACCGGCUCGUGCGAAUUAUGUCCUGGAAGCACACUCACAGAAGAGUUGAGGACCCACGUGCUUGGAGCGCACAAUCUUUAUCGAUAUUUCGUGAACGAUGGAUACAAUAUUGGUCCUGACGAUACCGAAUAUCCUACUGCAAAAAAUAUGUAUGCAAUGAGAUGGAGCUGUGGAUUGGAGAGAUUGGCUAGAGAAGCUGUCGAAGGAUGCCCUAGCCAAAAACCAAACAAUUCCCUGUAUGCAAGCAAUAUUCUAUACGGAACGAAACAACGCGGAUAUAAGCAGCCGGAGAUUGACAAUCUUCUUCAACUCUCGUUCAACGAUUUUGCAACCGCACGCUCCAAAUACCAAUGGGGCAACAUGGUACUGAACUUCCAGGGCCCCGAACCGUUGAGAUCGCUAGCGAAUAUUUAUCGUGCUGUCACACUUUCUGUCGGUUGCUCUCAGCAGACUUGCAACGACAAAGCCACCGCCGUGUGUUUCUUCAGCAAACCUGAGCUUAGGAAUGGCCAGUUAAUAUACCGAGCAGGCACGCCUUGUAAGUCAGAUCAAGAAUGCACAACGUAUCCCCGGUCAACGUGCAACGUUACUGAAACACUCUGCCACGCUCAAUCUUUCGAAACUGUUCCUGCAGGUGCAAACAAUCAGUGCUCCAACAACACAGGAAUGACAGACAGCUUAAGAGAGAAGUUCCUCAAAAUGCACAAUUAUCGUAGGUCCAAUAUGGCUCUGGGAAAAGUUGAGAAGUUCAACGGCAAAUUUUUCCCCAAGGCUGCUAACAUGGAGAAGAUGGAGUACGACUGCGACCUGGAAGCUGAUGCCAUGAUCUACGCUGAAACAUGUGCACUUGUGCCGUCCUAUCCUGGCACUAGGAAAGAUCAGGGAGAGAACGUAGCUGUGGUGGAGCCUCAGAGUGCGGAAAGUUUCGACAAAGCUGCUCAAUGGGCCAUGCGAUCGUGGUUCAAACCGAUAAAGGAGGACGGUAGCAUUGGAAUUAAAGAAGUAACAUUCAAAGAGAAACACAGAUAUACCCCUGUAGCUGGAGCGACUCAGGUUGUGUGGUCAACCACGAAUAAGGUCGGA